AUGUCGCAAUGUAUGUACUUCAACAGUUGUAUCCCACUUCCAGCGGAUCUGCGAGGCGGUGACACGGACACCGCGGUAGCACGCCCAGCGCAGAAUGCUGCGAGGCUCCGGGACGCCGUGGACUGGGAGGACGGCAGAGGGGGACCUACAGCGUUAUCCGCGCUGGCUGCUGGUUUCUGCCCGGACUUGCGUGGUUCUUCUCGGACUUGGGUGGUUCUGCCCGGACUUGUGUGGUUCUUCCCGGACUUGCGUGGUUCUGCCCGAACUUACACUAUCAGGCAGGCUCUCCGGAUAGGAAUGCGACCAACCGCGUGCGAACGAUUCGCCGUCGACCGAUCUUCCAGCAAAGAUCAUGUCGAUAGGCCCCUCCAAAAACUCCGUUCACAACGCGGACUGCGCAAUCAAAUGGUCCAGAAAUUCAGGUGGAUUGGCGCCACCGUACCACCAAGUCGCGCCGCCUAG